UAUCAAUAAUAUCUGGGCUAAACAAAUUCGUUGAUGGUUCGUAUCGUUGAAGCGUCUAUAUCCGUUUCCGCUCGGAGCAACUGAACCUCCGUCGCCGGAGGAUGAGCAGGCGGAGUGCUCUCCCUCAUCUUCUACUGCUUCGCUCUUACUCAGGCAAACCAUCCCCGACCCCGCCGGCUCCAGUUCUUGUUUCAUUCAGUUCUUCAUCCCACACUGACGAUGUUAGUAGUAGGCUCCCUGGACUGGUGACAGAAGAGUAUCGAAGCGACUCUCCAUUGUUUUCGCCACAAGAGUUCGCUUUUUUGAAGGACUCCUUGUCGGCUAGGUCUACUUCCGGUGGUAUGGAUGAUGCUGUCCUUUUAAUUAAAAGUGUACUUCGGGAGUAUGGCAGUAGCAGUAAUGGCUGUUUGGGGGAGGAAGCUCAGAAAAUUCUUAGGCAGUUGAGGGAUAAGCUAAACCCAGAUUUGGUGGCUCGGGUUCUCAGAGAGGUUCGGGACGCUGAACUGGGCGUGAAGUUUUUCAUGUGGGCUGGUAGGCAGAUAGGGUAUAGUCAUAGUGUAGCUGUGUUCGAUGCUUUACUAGAUGCUGUCCUCACCAGGGAACCCAAUAAUUCUUAUAAUGCGGCAGUUCCGGAGCAAAUUCUCCAUGGUCUUAUGGAUGAUGAUAAGGAGGUUUUGGGGAAAUUGCUUAAUUUUUUUGUCCUCAAGUGCUGCCGAAAUGGAUUGUGGAACUUGGCUUUAGAAGAGCUAGAGAGGCUCAAGAGUUUAGGGUACAAGCCCUCCAGAGUCACUUACAAUGCUUUAAUUCUGGUUUUUCUGCAAGUGGGUAAGUUGGAUUCUGCUUCUUUGAUUUACAGGGAGAUGUCAGGGUUAGGGUUCAAGAUGGAUAUGCACACACUGAAUUGCUUUACACGCUCACUGUGCAAGGAAGGUAAAUGGAGAGAAGCCCUUGAUUUGAUGGAGAAGGAAGGCUUUGCUGCUGAUACUGUGAUAUACACUUCGAUGAUUUCUGGGCUAUGCGAAGGUUCUUUUUUUGAAGAGGCUAUGAAUGUUCUGAACAUAAUGCGAUCGAGUUCAUGCAUCCCCAAUAGAAUUACUUAUGAGACCUUACUUUGUGCCUGUUUGAACCAAAGAAAACUGGGUAGGUGUAAGAGAAUUCUUAAUAUGAUGAUUCUAGAAGGUUGCUGUCCAGGCCAAAAGAUAUUUAAUUCACUUGUACAUGCUUAUUGCAGAUCAAUGGAUUACUCGUACGCCUAUAAAUUACUCAAGAAAAUGGACCGCUGUGGCUACCAACCUGGUUAUGUGGUCUACAACAUACUGAUCGGAGGUAUAUGCGGCAAUGAUGACUUACCAAGCAAGGAAUCGCUAGAACUGGCCGAAAAAAUCUACGAGGAAAUGCUUCAUGUAGGGGUUGUACUGAAUAAAGUCAACGUUUGCAACUUUGUCCGUUGUCUUUGUGGGUCCCAAAAUUUUGAGAAAGCCUUUCAUGUGAUUCGUGAAAUGAUGAGCAAGGGUUUUGUACCUGAUGUUAGCACAUACUCUAAAGUUAUUGGCUUCCUCUCCAGUGCCUCAAAAAUAGACAAGGCAUUCAUGUUGUUUCAAGAAAUGAAAAAAAAUGGCCUCGUUCCUGAUGUUUAUACUUAUACAGUACUGAUCGACAGCUUCUGUAAAUCUGGAUUCAUCAAACAGGCUCGUAUUUGGUUUGAGGAGAUGAGAAGUGAGGGUUGUAUGCCCAAUGUAGUGACUUACACAUCUCUUUUACAUGCAUGCCUCAAACAAAAGAGGAUUUCCGAAGCAAAUGAGCUCUUUGAGUUAAUGUUGUCUGAAGGAUCCAUUCCUAAUGUUGUGACCUUUACUGCUCUGAUAGAUGGCUUCUGCAAAGCAGGGAAUGUGGAUAAGGCUUGCCAGAUCUAUGCAAAAAUGAAGGGAAGUGUUAGCACUUCCGAAGUAGACAUGUACUUUGAGACAGAUAUGGGUAAUAGUGCAGUGAAGCCCAAUCUUGUAACAUAUGGAGCUUUAGUGGAUGGUCUAUGCAAAGCACAUCGGGUAAACGAUGCUCGUGAUCUAUUGGAUACAAUUUUAGUGGAAGGUCAAGAGCCCAAUGUUAAUAUAUAUGAUGCUCUAAUUGAUGGAUUUUGCAAGAAAGGAAAGACAAACGAAGCACAUGAAGUGCUUUCCAGGAUGCUGGAUCGUGGGUACGAUCCUAGUGUUUUUACUUACAGUUCUUUCCUCGAUAGACUUUUAAAAGAUAAACACUUGGAUCUUGCUAUGAAAGUUUUGUCUCAAAUGCUCAAAAAAUCUUGCCGACCAAAUGUUGUGAUCUACACGGAGAUGAUAGAUGGCCUAUCUAAGGUUGGAAAGACGGACGAAGCUUACAAGCUUAUGUUGAUGAUGGAAGAAAAGGGCUGCAAGCCAAAUGUUGUGACUUAUACCGCAAUGAUAGAUGGAUUUGGUAAAGCUGGGAAAGUUGAAAAAUGCCUUCAAUUAAUCCAGCAGAUGGUUAGUAAGGGUCUUGCACCAAAUUACAUAACUUAUGCAGUCACAAUCAAAUACUGUUGUUCUACUGGUUUACUGGAUGAGGCUGUCCAUUUGCUAGAUGAGAUGAAACAGACAUAUUGGCCGAGGCAUAUGGAAAGCUAUUAUAAGAUUAUUGAAGGGUUCAACAAAGAGUACUUAAUCGGUCUUGGUUUAUUGGAGGAAAUGAGCACAAAGAGUUCUACUAUCUCUGUAUUCCCCAUUUAUAGGAUUUUGAUUGAUAGCUUACUCAAAGCUGGAAGACUGGAAGUGGCUGCUGACCUACAUAAAGAAAUUUCAUUGUCGUCAUAUCACGACAAGAAUAUUUAUGCUUCUUUAAUCCAUAAUCUUUGUAUUAAUAUGAAAGUUGAUAAAGCAUUCGAGUUAUAUGCAGACAUUGUAAAGAAAGGUGCAAUUCCAGAAGUGAGCGUCUUUGUUAGCCUCAUCAAAGGGCUUGUAUUGGCCAACCGGUGGGAGGAUGCGCUCGACCUCUCUAGGAGUCUAUGUGAUAUGGAAGUUCGCUGGCUAACUGCUGACAAGAAAAUGGACGGCAGUUAGUAUGAUAUAUGGGUUCAACUAAGUUCAAUCAAUUCCCAUGAAUAUCCGGUGACAUCAGACACCUCUGGCUUAAGAAAAAGACCAAUUUGUCCAGCUGGGAGAGUCCUGUUAACUGCUGCAUGUAAUGUGUUUCAGCGGCAGGCCGGCAGCUAGAACCAAGGCGAGGAUAUAUGUGCAUGGCAUUGUGUGGGAAAGAAUCAUUCUACCGAGAGUUCGAGAGUCAAUUGCCAUCCACCACUAUCCAUCUAUAAUGGUGCUUUCACCUUCAGGUUAGAGGAUGCGAGAUGCAUUUGUAGGUGGUUUCUUCAAAUGCUUUGCCUCUCUUAUUCCCAAUGGUGUCUUCUCUCUGGACAAAUUCACAUUCUGAUCCCUGUUAUGGAAGAGAACUAAUUUCUUCAACUGUACGCUCACCAAACCUGUCGUCACCCACUGGUUACUGCCGGUUGGCCAAUCAGUGUCUGGUGAUGCGGCACAUUCUCAUGGACCAUGAAUUCUUAUGAGAUUCACAUACCAUAAGAGAAGCACAAGGUGGUGUUGAUUUGGGAUCAUGGAGGACGGAAUACGGGGAGGUGUGGAUUGCCGUGGGGGUCUUCUAAAAAGUGAACUCAUUAACGUAAAAAAAUGGAUGGAUGCAUUCAAUUUGUAAGUUCCAAACGAGGCUGCAUCAUUGUAAAUAUGGAAAAUAUUCUAUGUAAUUAGCUGGAAAAUAAUGCAUCACUAUAUACGAAAGUACCUUUGCACAAUAUAAAAGUGCAUCAAAACCCCAAAACAGAUAACUUGGGAAAUGACGAUUCUUAAACUCCACAAGUGUACCUUUUUUGUAGUAUUAAUGGAUGGUAAUUUUAAACACCUUGAGUGUACAUUUUUUGAAUGUAUAGUAAUAUUAGUAGCAUUAA